GGGAAACACCAAACCCGGAAGUCGGAAUAAGGUGAAUUGCUGAUGCAGACGUUAUGGAUGUUGCUCCUUUAAGAAAAUUUCCCUCGCUCGGUUUGAGUGGUUCGGUUCUGAAGCGAGUGAAUACGCGGCGAUUCUGGCAGAACUUCGCACAUCUCCAACACUACAACAGCACUAUUAUGGAGUACACAUUUCUCAGAAGUACUGGUGUCAGACUGACUGGAGUCCGGUACUGACCGCUUUGGGAAGAACCUUCAGGAUGGAGCUGGGGAAGAUGUCUACAGCUCACUUAAUAAAGAACCUCAUUCACUUUGGGGUAGAAGUCACAGAAGAGGAGAGGAAAACAUUUGAGGUAAUUGAGGUGGCAUCAGGAGAGUAUGGGGAUUUGAAUCCUGUGCUCUUCGAGGCAGUGCAGGGUGGCAUGUGUUCAGAGAGUGACAAGAAGAACUGUAGUGACAAGAGUGAUCCCACAUCGGCCUGCCCAUCUCAGAGCUACAGUGAUUCAGGACCCAUUGAAAAACAUACUUUUGCCACCAGCACACUCACACAGUUCUGCAUUCUUUUCAAAAGAAGCUUCGUCACUAUAUGCAGAGACAAGGUGUUGCCCCACCUGAGGGUGAUGUCGCACUUGUGUAUUGGAGUUCUGAUUGGUCUGCUGUACCUGAACAUCGGCAAUGAUGCCAGCAAAGUGUUCAAUAACACUGGAUUCCUCUUCUUCUCCAUGCUCUCCUCAUGUUUGGUGCAUUAAUGCCCACUGUCCUCACUUUUCCUCUGGAGAUGGCAGUGUUUAUAAGGGAGCAUCUGAACUACUGGUACAGUUUAAAGGACUACUACCUAGCAAAGACCGUUUCUGACAUUCCAUUCCAGACGAAUCCGACGCGAGUGAAGGCUCCGCCCCCUGGCUGUAACCGCAGACGGCUGAGACCCUCACCGCCCGAUCACACUUCAACACACACACAGACACGCGCACACGCACUCCCCUCACCGUCCGUCUUAAAUAAAGAUACCUACACGAACAACACUAAAACGGCCUCCUGUGUGUCUGUGCUCUGCCGGAGACAGGUCAGGACUGCAGGCAGGUCAUGCUAGCACCCGCACUUUCUGCUUACGCAACCAUGCGCUUGUAAUCCGGGCAGAAUGUGGUUUGGCGUUGUCCUGCUCUGGAUGGCAGCAUAUGUUGCUCCAAAAUGUGUACAUAUCUUUCUGCAUUAAUGGUGCACUCACAGAUGUGCAAGUUACCCAUGCCAUGGUCACUGACACACCCCCAUACCAUGACAGACACUGGCUUUUGGACUUGACGCUGAUAACAGCUUGGAUGGUUCUUUUCCUCUUUGGCCUGGAGAACACGACAGCUGUUUUGUCCAAAAGCUAUUUGAAAUGUUUUCGUCAGACCACAAAACACGAUUCCACUGUGCUACUGUUCAUCUCAAAUGAGACCGAGCCCAGAGAAGUCAGGGGUGCUUCUGGACAGUGUUUAUGUAUGGCUUCUGCUUUGCAUAGUAAAGCCUUUACUUGCAUCUGUGGAUGUAGCGGUGAAUGGUGUUGACUGACAAAGGUUUACCAAAGUAUUCCCGAGCCCAUGUCAGGAUAGCCAUUACAGACUCAUGACGGUUUUUAAGACCGUGACGUCUAAGGGAUUGGAGAUCACGCGCAUUCAGAAGUGGUUUUCGGCCUUGCCCUUUACACAGUGAGAUUUGACCAGAUUCCAUGAGUCUUUUAAUUAUAUUGCACACUGUAGAAGGUGAAAUGCCCAAAAUCCUACCGAUUUGUCUUUGGGGAAUGUUGUUCUCAAAGUGUUGGAUUAUUCGCUGACACAUCUGUUAACAGAUUGGCGAGCCUCGACUCAUCCUUGCUCUUGAAGGACUAGGCCUUUUUUGGAGCUCCUUAUUUACUAUGAUUAGACGAUUGCCUCACCUGUUUCACAUCAACUUCUUAUUUCAACUUGUCACAUUGUUAUUAGUCCUAAAUUGCCCCGUCCCAACAUUUUUGGAACGUGUUGCAUGCAUCAAUUUCAAAAUAAACAUUUAUCUUAAAAAAAAAACUAUAUAUUUGAGUAGGUACGACAACAAAUACCUUGUCUUUAUACCUUUUUUGUUUAAAUACAAGUCAAAGUACAUUUACAAAUCACUCCUCUUUGUUUUUAUUAGCAUUUUCCAUACUGUCCCAACUUUCCGGAAUUGGGGUUGUACAUUUCUCCAGCCCAGAAAUUAGCUCUGCCUACAGAUGGAAAAAAUGUUCGUCUCUACUCUUUGCACAUUACCUAAAAGACAACUCACGAGUCGUUUGUAGUAGUUUCAACUGAGCGGGAAGGGACAGAUAGUGUUUUUAUUGCACUUGCACCUUGUAGGCAGCAGGGGGUUCUAAGUGUAGCUCCUUACUCAUUGUCAAAAAAGAAAUUUCUUCCUCUCACAAGCUUUGAAUCUCUCUCUUCUACCCCCCACACCUUGCCCCCCAGAUUUUAUGUCCUAUACUGUACUGUAGUAUAGUCUAUUGGAUGACAGAGCAGCCUCCAGAAGCGUUCCGAUAUGUGCUUUUUAUGGCUCUGUCUACCUCCACUGCCCUCGUGGCUCAGUCUCUGGGCCUCCUCAUUGGAGCUGCUUCCACCUCGCUGCAGGUGUGUAAAUACAUCACAGAUGUACAAGAAUAAUGAUACACAAGCCAGUUUAUCAGCCACACCUUAUCAGUUUCACUACUUAUCAUGAACACGCUUGGUCUUUCAGUAGUAUUUUCUGAGCUCAGUAUUUUUCAUUGCAGGUAUACAUUUAUAGAGUGUGGACAGGCUGGUGGCUGGCGCACAGAAAACAAAGAUUGCGACUGCCACGGUGGCGCCAAUGUUUUGGACGGCCAGAGAGCACGUGGCCGCGGGGCAGGGCCGCCGACACAGCCACGGCUCAUGAAUGGUGCACCACGCGGAAUAAUUUAUAGAGCGAGGGGAGAAUAAAAAGUGUUUUAGGUGAUUUUUGCGACACCUGCAUGUCCACUAAUCGCUGUUGUGCGUUUUUAUGGUUUCAGACGAAUCCGACGCAAGUGAAGGCUCCGCCCCCUGGCUGUAACCGCAGACGGCUGAGACCCUCACCGCCCGAUCGCACUUCAACACACACACACACAGACACGCGCACACGCACUCCCCUCACCGUCCGUCUUAAAUAAAGAUACCUCCACGAACAACACUAAAACGUUCUCCUGUGUGUCUGUGCUCUGCCCACCGCGGGCUAAAUUCCCUACAAGGGGCAGUGACAAACAUUCCAGUCUUACUUUUCUCUGGCUUCUUUGUCAACUUCGACACCAUUCCAAAAUACCUACACUGGAGCUCCUAUGUCUCCCAUGUUAGGUCAGUGACAGCCUUCAUAAUUAUAAUGCAAUAUCUCAUGGUGAAGAACAGGGGUGUCAAACUCAUUUUCACCAAGGGCCACAUCAGCAUAAUGGUUUCCCUCGAUGGGCCACAUUAACAGUAUGAAUGUAACAAAAUGCAAUGUAAUUGAAAAUAAAUUAAACUACACCUUAUUAUAUUGUUAAAUAACUGUUACUGUAUUUAUGUAUUCAACUAACAAAUAUUACAUAUGCAUUUGCACAGAUGUAAAGAUAAAUGUUCAGUCUGAAACCCACAUUACUUGAAUCAGUGUUCAAACUAUUUAAGCAAAUAAAGCAAAAUAUUAGAAAGAAGUUAUGAUAUGAACCCUUAACUUCAUUCAGAACUUUUUUCAACACAGUCGAGGGGGGGCAGAACUAUGGCACAACCAACAUGUAUUACAGAAGUAGCAUUUUACAAAAAGAACAACAACAAUGAGGUGAUGCUGCCUGUCCUUGAACACAUCAAGUAGAUCCGUCCUCACCCUGAGAGACCAUCUCACACACAUCCUCAUUCAUAGAUCAUGUUCUGGAAAUAACAAACACUAAACAAAAUGCAAGCACAAUCAUUAAAUUGUACACAUUCUACUGUUCUUAGUCUUGGUUUAAAUGCAUUCUAUUUUAAUUCAGGUUUUUAAAAAUGCUUACCUAUGUUUUCUGGCCGGAUGUCUGACACCGUUUUCCCCUGGCCAGUGUCAGUGUCUGGUUUUAGGUCUUGUGGUGAGGCAAUCCGCAAAACAGCGUGGAGGUUGUCAUCGGUAAUGCGUGAUCUGUGCUUGGUCUUGUUUAAAUUCAUUAUUGAAAACAUCUGUUCGCACAGAUAGGUGCUCCCAAACAUGGACAGAAUACAAGCAGCAUGAAGUCGGAGCUGUGGCAUCAAACUAGGGGGCAGUAGACGGUAAAAGUCCGCGAUUGCAGCAUCCUGAAACUUUGCUCUCAGGCCACUAUCGGUUUGAAGCUCAAUUAACUCCAUCUGAAGGUUAUGGGGCACACUGCAGAUGUCGGCGGUGAAAGGAUUGGCAAAGAUGUCAAAACCCUAGUGCUGUGCUCAGCACAAAAAAUCGUUUGAGGACUUUGCUCCUACUCACUCACCUUACUUCUGUAUGGUACGGCAUAUCUCCAUGCUCUGAGCCCCCCUCCUGCA